CCGGCCCCUCUGGCGCCUAGGGUAGAAAUGAGCCUUGAUGCCGGCGGCAAGGAUGAGUCCUAGGCGGCGCUGCCUGCUCAGCGGCUCUGAGGAGCGGGUGCUGCUGGUGGCCUCUCUGCAGAUGUCUUUCUGUCAUUGAACACCGGCCCGUUUGAAGGCACGAGGGAAGCUCAUCCAGCAGCAUGUCCAAGUACAAACUGAUUAUGUUAAGACAUGGAGAGGGUGCUUGGAACAAAGAGAACCGUUUUUGUAGUUGGGUGGAUCAGAAACUUAAUAAUGAGGGGAUGGAAGAAGCUCGGAACUGUGGGAAACAGCUCAAAGCGCUGAACUUUGAGUUCGAUCUCGUAUUCACAUCCGUCCUUAACCGGUCCAUCCACACAGCCUGGCUGAUCCUGGAAGAGCUGGGGCAGGAGUGGGUUCCUGUGGAAAGCUCCUGGCGUCUGAAUGAGCGUCACUAUGGAGCCUUGAUCGGUCUCAACAGGGAGAAAAUGGCUUUGAAUCAUGGCGAAGAGCAAGUGAGGAUCUGGAGGAGAAGCUACAAUGUGACUCCGCCACCCAUUGAAGAGUCCCACCCUUACUACCACGAAAUCUACAACGACCGGAGGUACAAAGUGUGCGACGUACCCUUGGAUCGGCUGCCGCGGUCUGAGAGUUUGAAGGAUGUUCUGGAGAGACUCCUUCCCUUUUGGAAUGAAAGGAUUGCUCCUGAAGUGUUGAGUGGCAAAACCAUUCUGAUAUCUGCUCAUGGAAAUAGCAGUAGGGCACUCCUAAAACAUCUGGAAGGCAUCUCAGAUGAAGACAUCAUCAACAUCACUCUCCCCACCGGCGUCCCCAUUCUCCUGGAGCUGGACGAGAACCUGCGUGCCGUCGGGCCUCACCAGUUCCUGGGCGACCAAGAGGCUAUCCAAGCAGCCAUUAAGAAAGUAGAUGAUCAAGGAAAAGUGAAAAAGAGCUGAAAAAUAAAGUCUUUCCCUAGCUGGAUUUCCUCUAGCUGGAUAGAAUUCUCUAGCUAGAUUGGGAUAGCUACAAAAAGGAGUGGCAUGCAGUGUGUUAUAGGUGCUGAUCUCUCUCUCUCUCUCAUUCUCUCUCUUUCCAACUUUUCCAGACUAGGCUGUGGGGUAAAGUUUGUAUAGGUAACUAAGGAACUUACGUUGGCCCAGAUAAAGACUUUAGGGUGCCUGAGUGCUCACAUCAUAAGCCUUGUGGGUUAGUUGUCCCGCUAGCCCUGUUUGAAUUAGUCACUAACCUCGUAACCAGUUGGGGCUUAAUCAGUGUCACAAGUUUCUGAGAUGGGGGAGUGUUCAUGCAGGUGGAGUUGAAGGUACUCACCAUUCAGUAGUUCCUGACUAAGUCACCACUGACAGGUAUUACUUCUCCAAUAAGUAGUUCACUUUUAUACUUACUAGGACUUUCUGGGAUGAUAGGAAAGGAUGUUAGAUAAUGCACUAUACUUAAGUAUUUAUUGCUAGUCUUUUCCUGUAGGAAAAGGGAUGUUUUGAAAGGUAAGAUGAGAGGCCCCUUAAGUGGGGAGGCCACAGGUGGGUUCCUCCGAGACAGACGGCAGUGCCCAGCAAGGCCCUCUGCCCUGCCUGCGGUCCAGAGACCCCCAAGUUUGGCGUUCGGUGGGAUCCCUCUUUGGCAGCUAGAAUUAGCGGCACAUAGGCACAUGUAGCUAUUGGUGUUCUCUUUUCCUUUCAUGUUUGGUUUUUGAAGCUUGACCCUUGUGUUCCUGAAACUGGCUUCAAAAUAAAGUUCUGUGACCAAAAAUGA